AUGUUGUUGAUGAAGCUUGUGGUGUUUUUUGUCUGGUUAUGCAUAGUCAGUGCUAAGGUGAGGCUUGGCCUCCGAAAUUUGACUGGACGAGCCGAUGAUUACCGCAUCAAAAUAUUUUCAGGGGUCCAUAUUAUAGACUCGUACAAUUACCCUGUAGAGGUGCACACUGUCGUAACUAGAGAUGGUUAUAUCCUGGAUAUCUUUAGGAUUCCGUACUCAGAGAAAUGUAAAAAGAGGGGAAAGAAGCCGGUCGUGUUCCUCCAGCACGGCUUGACAUGCUCGGCGGAUACUUUUUUGAUGACGGGACCGAAGAGCGGACUUCCUUUUAUGUUGGUCGACGCCUGUUACGACGUUUGGCUGAGCAACAGCCGGGGAAUUCGCUACUCCCGCCGCCACACCAAGAUGAAGUCCACCGGGGAAGUCUACUGGGGCUUCAGCUGGCAUGAAAUGGGAAUGGAGGACCUGCCCGCCCAGUUCGACUACAUCCUGUCCACCACGCAGCAGAAGGCGCUUCAUUUCGUAGGUCAUUCUCAGGGAUGCACCACCCUGAUGGUCCUGCUCAGUAUGAGACCGGAGUACAACAAGAAGAUGAAGACCACCACCCUGCUGGCCCCCGCUGUCUUUAUGCAAAACUCGAGAUCCGGACUAAUCAAUAAAAUGGAGUCUGUCGUUAUGAAAAUGAAGGACUGCGACUUUUUUGGACACAACGACGCUAUGAGAUUUGUGAUAACAGUUCUUUGCGGAUUCGCUAGUAUGAAGAGAUAUUGCAGCUCCUUCUACUUGAUGGCCAACGCAAAACCGACCAAGUUCAUGAACUUGAGCAUCAUUCCUCUGGUAUUAGCAAUGCAUCCGGCUGCCAUUUCCUCGCGCCAACCCAAACAUUUUCUGCAGAUCAAGAGGACUGGCAAAUUCCAGCAGUUUGACUUUGGAGCCAAGAAGAACCAAGAGAUCUACAAGCAGCCCUCGCCUCCGGAAUAUCCGUUGAAAAAUGUCCGUCCGAAGGCGCCCAUCCACAUAUUUUAUAGUGUUGGAGACACCAUGACAGUGGCGGAGGAUGUUCUAAAUCUGAUCAGCAAGUUGGGCAAAGUAGUUGCACAUCGCAUUCCUUUUUUGGAAUGGGGCCACAUGGACUUUAUUUUCGCCAAGACCGUAGCUAAGGUUAUUAAUCGUCCAAUUAUGGAAGUUAUUGGUCAAUACGAGAAUUAUAAGAAUGGGAAAUAACGAGUUUAAAAGGGAAAUAUUUUUGCCUUUGAGCCCAACCUGGCUUAAAUAGCUUUACGA